AAAAGAUCUGCUGCGCCUGCUUCCUCCACAUUUUCGAAACCGAAGUCCACGAAACAGUUACUAGCGCAAACCUUUCCUACCCUGGUGAGCGAGUGGCGAUCGGCGCUAGCGGCGGCAAAGACAGCAUAUAUGAAAUGCCCCUCGAGAUUCUCGGCUACGGCGAGCUAUACGGCUGGACCAUGUAUUAAGUUGUUGCGUAGGUUGGGAAUAAGGGGAACUGUACCUACUGUGGUGUCUUCCGGUGAUCGGGGCGCUGCGCGGCUCGGUAUCAAGUAUGUUGUUACGAGGCAUAAUGCGGAUGAUGUUGCGGAGACUGUUAUGAUGAAUCUUCUUCGGGGGGAUCUGCCGCGACUUUCGCGGAGGACGAGCAUUAUUACGGAUUCGGGGGCUUCGGAUAUUAAGCGCAGUAAGCCUCUCAAGCAUGCCUAUAAGAAGGAAAUCGGCUUCCUUCCCUAG